CAGGCCAUCCUGGCGGGACUAUGUUGGCGCCCCCCCCCCCUGGCGGCGCACCCGCGCGGCGCGCCGGGCGGCCCGGCCCAUGCGCAAGUCGCCCGCCCGGCGGGCGGGCGGCUCUGCCAGCCCAGCCGCCCGCAGCGGCGCGUGCUCGCUCCUCACGGCACUUUCGGUGGCGGCCUGCGCGGGCGGUGGGCCCGCGCCUCGGCGGACUGCUGCGGGCAGACCCGCCGCUGGGGACGCCCUGAGCGUCCACCUCUCUCUGCGCGACGCGUCCGGCCAGGAGCUGCUGGCCGGCGGCCCGCUGGCCGGCACGGGUGGCCGGCGUCUGCUUGAGGAGGCGUCGCGCGCGGGGCUCCUGCGGCUCCGCUUCGAGGCCUGGGGCGCGCUGAUCGACCUGGAGCUGGCGCCGUCGUGGCCAGUGGUGGCCGCGGGGGCCAGCCUCACGACGCAGGCGGGCGCCGCGAUCCGGCCGGUGCCCCCCGCGCUGCUCUACCGCGCCGCCGGGCACGCCGCGGUGCUGGGGAGCGAGGGCGAGCGGCUGGUCGGGCUCGUCAGGAGCCGGGGCGAGCUGAUCGCGCUCGAGGCGGAUGCCCGCAACGGUACGGCCACGGCGCGCAGGGGCCCGGCCGCGCAGAGGGUCGUGGACGAGAGCGGCAUCGCGCGCGUGUUCGCGCCAGCCGAGAUCCAGAGGUGGGUGGACUGCUACCCCAGCAGUCACAUCACCCGUGCGUUCAGCAUCGGCGUCGCAGUUGGCAGAACGCUCUACGACAGGCUCGGCGGGGCAGACGAAGCGAUGCAGUACGUGCAGAUCCAGUUCGCUCUGGCGAACAUGGUCUACCAGCCUCAGAUGAAUGUUGUCCUUCAGCUCGCCACCAUCUACAUCCCAGGGGCAACCGGGGACACUGGGGUGCCCUGGGACGACUGCAGCGUCGGUAUCGACGAGCAGCUGGAUCGAUUCUCGUUCUGGACCCAGCCCUCGACGCAGGGCGUUUGGCAUCUGUUCGACGACUGCUUCGAGGACUCUGGAACAAUCGGCCUCGCGUACUUGGGCGACGGCUAUUGGUUCGGGAUCUGCGGGCGCGAGUAUUGCGUGCAAACCAGCGCUCAGGGCUGCGUUCUGACUCGGUUCAAUACUGGCGUCUCUUGGGCCUCGUCCAGGCUCUGGUACACCUUCGCCCACGAGAUCGGCCACAACUUCGGAGCCGACCAUGUAUUCACGGAAGACCCAGACCUGCAGGGGCAGAUUGGUGGGAUCAUGGAUUAUGGGGACGCCACCUACGAUGGCAUCUACCAGUUCAACUCGGCAAAGUCGCAGGCCGAGAUCUGCGAGACCAUCGGCACCAGCCUGGCCUAUGACUGCCAGGCCUUCACCGAGUACAACCCGUCCUGCGGCAACGGGGUUUUGGAGGAUGGGGAGACGUGCGAGUGUGCUUCUGGGACGGCAUGCUCGUUCUGCCAGGGCUGCGUCCUCGAGGCGGGCAAGGAAUGUACUCCAGACGCCGCGGAUGGCGGCGCGUGCUGCGACUGCGACGGCAUGCUCAGCACGAGCGCCACGCUGUGCGCGCUGCACCUGGGCGGCACAGGUUUCUGCCUGCAGGGGGUGUGCACGAGCGCGUGGUGCUCUGGCUACGACUCUAUCUUCUCAGGACUCCACUGGGGGGACCUGUGCGGCCUGCACGACGGCAACGACUGCAGGGUGAUGUGCCUCGUGAACGGGCUCUGCGACCCCAUGGACGGCUGGACGUGGAGCGGCGGGUCUGCAGUCAACGCCCUGCCAGAUGGCACCUCAUGCGCAAGCGGAAAGGGCACCUGCUCCGAUGGGGUCUGCUCCGCGGCUGCCGUGGCGCAACCGACCCCCACACCGUGUCCGGCCACGCCUGCCCCUCCGCCUCCCCCGCCCACGCCGUCGCCGUCGGCCCCGUCGACGCCGCCGGCGGUACCCCGCUGCUCCGGCGACCCGACGACCUGGAACGCAGGCUUCGGCGGUUGCAGCCAGUACAAAGCCGGAUCGGGAACGCUCUACAAAGAGAGCGGCCGGUGCCUUGCCCACUUCGACUACGACCAGCAGCUGCUGGCCUCCAGAGUCUGCGAAGAGUGUGGGCUCUGCAGUAUGGAGAUCCUGGAGGUCCCUGGAUCGCUCACAGUCACGUGGCCGUGUGCAAGCCACUCGGCGUGGCCAGUGUCUCUGUUCCAGUGGACAGAUACCAGCGCUGCAGGCGCACCGAUCUACCAUAGCUCGGACGCGGGUUGGUACCUCUACCACGACCCUGGUUGUGACGGUGACAGCAAUACUGUGGACAGGUGGAUUUUUGAUGAUUCUGUGCCUAGUUCGAGCGCAGUCCAGGACUUGGACGGCGAUGGAGUAUGUAGUUACGCGGCUCGAAUCAAUUCUGACAGUACUUACCCGCCUGUGGGCAGCGCGACCUGGAUAGUAGCUUGCGAUUCGUCUUGGCAGUACAUGACAGUCUCAGUCUCCGGCGAGGACAUGUCAGUCGUAACCGUCACAGGGACGAGUACCUCUGCGAUUUCGGUGACCCCUGGGACGACCUCUACGGGGACGACUUUGACCGCCAAGAUGACGAGCACCUCGGCGAUUUCGAUGACUACCUCGGCGAUGUCGGUGACCUCUGGGACGACCAACAUGGGGACGACUGUGACCGCCACGAGGACGAGUACCUCGGCGAUUACGGCCACCACGGGGACGACUACGCGGACGACCACCUCGACCUUGAGUAGUGCAUCUUUAACCACCAAGACAAUUUUCGUGACCUCGACGCGUUCAGCUCUGACAGCCCAGACAUCGACAGCGAUGCCCGCAGCACAGCCUACGCCGCAGCCGACGGUUCAUCCCACGGAGGUUCCUGGACCGCUCGCAGUCACGUGGCCAUGUGCAAGCCACUCGGCGUGGCCAGUGUCCCUGUUCCAGUGGACAGAUACCAGCGCUGCAGGCGCACCGAUCUACCAUAGCUCGGACGCGGGUUGGUACCUCUACCACGAUCUCGGAUGCGACGGUGACGAUGCUGGGGAGGACAGGUGGAUUUUUGACGAUUCGGUGCCUAGCGCGAGCGCAGUCAACGACUUGGACGGAGACGCAGAGUGUACCUACAUGGGCCGAAUCGAUUCUGACAGUGCGUUGCCGCCUAUCGGCAGAUCCACCUGCAGGAUACCUUGCGAUGGGACCUGGCAAGACAUGACGGUCUUGAUCUCCGCUCAGGUCCUGGAGCUCUCGAUGAUGAUCGGGGGAGUGGACUACGACACUCUUGACACAGACCCAGCAGCGAUGGCUGCCUUCACCAGCAUUGUCCAGGAUCAGCUCGCGUCCAGCGUUGGCCUCGGUGUCACAGCAGACAUGGUGAGCGCCAUCAUUUCCAAGGGCUCGGUGGUGGUCAAGGCUCUGAUCCAGAUUCAAGAUGCCGAGGCCGCGGAAGCCGCCGGCUCUCACCUGCAAUCGGUCGGUCUCGGCGAGCUGGAGGUCGCACUUUCGUCGCACCCUGACCUGCAGGCUGCCAUUACAGGUUCCGUCUCCGCGAUUGUGACCGGCGUCAAGGUCACUGGCGUCGAAGGCGCGUCACCAGAAGAUGUAGAAUCGAGCGCCUCCGCGGGAUGGCUGGGCGGCCUUGCCAGCGCUGCGGUUCUCGCAGCGAUGUUUUGACACGUCUCUCAGGCUAGUAGCUUUCGGCCCAAUCCGCCACCGCGCCUGGGUUGUGAUCCAGAGGCCUCUUAGAUGAGGAGGAGGGAGAGGGGUGGAUAUGGGCAAGAAGGCUCCGCCGCCUGAGCGAACAGCGGCUGAACUCGACAAACCCUGGAGCGGAGCAGAAGCUGCUGCCAGCGGUGCCUGUUGCGCCGCGCUCCUCCUGGCUUUGGGAGGAGGGGCGCGUAGCCUAUUUUUGUUGGCGCUCGCAGGGCGACGGCUGUCAUAGUCAUUCGCAUGCGCAGUGGCCGUUGUACAAUUCUGCGACAGGUUCGUGUCGCGCCGAUGCGGCGGCGACCCCGGCGCCGGCGUUUCAGGCUGCACGCCACUGGUGGCGCAGGGUCGGCCGACCCAGAAAGAUUUGCGCUACGGAGGGCCGUGAUCGUUCAAGGUGGAACGAGCUGCGCGGUGCCAGGAACCACCGCGCAAGUCGCCACGGCAAGAGCCCGCCGCUCUCGGGCGAACAGAUCUGAGCACAUCCGCUGCCCCUGGCUCGGCCUAUCCCAGUCCCAGGAGCAGCGCAUAUACUUCUAUUCGCG